AUGGCCUCUUCCGACACGGUCGUCAACUUCGCGGUGGAUGUCACUGAACGCCUGGCCACCGUAGCGCGAGGCGUUGGCGUAAGCGACCGGGACGACAAACUCUUCUGCCCGGCGUUAGCCGCCGCGCUGUGGCUGGUCAAUCAGCACCUGAAGGACCAGAAACGAUCAGACCUUGGAACACGUUUGUUGAAGUUGCUCAGUAACCUUGAAAGGAUAUGCAAGCCACCAACAGGCCCAAGCCCAUCCAGAGGAGCAAACCGCGAUCUCGCCAAUCAGUAUCCUGGGCUGAGUCUGCUUCGCCAAAACAACCGAAAAAAUGCUGUUGACGGCAUCCGCAAGCUAGCCUCACGCCGGAGUCCUGAAGGGAGAAAGAAGCAGCAGGAUCUACUAAGAAUCCUCGAGGCGUUCAUCAAACCCCUCACUGCUGCAGAUGAGACGCCAAAUCCCAAGACAAAGGCCGAGGGUUGGGUAGGAGAUGACUUCACUGGCUCAAUGCGGACCCUGUACAAGGUUCUAUCUUCGUACAUCUUUUGCAAUGCUGGGAGUGAGCAGACCCAGAUCGCAGGAAGGCUUCGACUAGCCCUUGAGAGCGGAGCAGAGGGCGAUUCUCCAGCGUUCGACCUGAUGUUCCUUGCACAUCCGCAUCACGAGCUGCAAGAGGAAGCUUUCCGAUGGCGUGAAACACGUAUCGCCGUAGAUCGCAGGAAGGCCAAAUUUGCUGUCGCGGGCGGCGAGGACGUGAAACUCCAUAUCGACGGCCCAACGCACAUUGCCGACUUUUGUGAGAGAAUCAGCACAAGGGAACAAUACCAAUUGUCUCUCAAGGUAUCAGGCAAACAACUGCACUUUGUUGAAUGGUGCGAAGGAGCAAGAUCAUGGGUGCCCAACACACCCUCCGUGUCCUUGUCUACCAUCUUGAGGAACCACAAGCUGUCCCAAAAGAUGAAGUAUCUGCUCUCCUAUCUUCUAGCCAAGUCAGUGUGGCAGUUCUACUCCACCGAUUGGAUGGGUAAGGAGUGGACAAACGAGAGCAUACACUUCAUGUUUGAGCGUCGCCAGGGAGCCAAAAACGCCGGCAUUUACCUGAAUGAACCCUUCAUCUCGGCUCGCUUUGACCCAGAUAGCAGCAGCAACGACGCCGAGUUCCGGCCUCACAAGUUCCCCAAGAUAAAGGCCCUCGGUAUCGUCUUGCUGGAGAUCGAGCUGGGAACAGUCAUCGAAGAUCACUAUGAAGAGGAGUGCUACGCCCCUGAUGGAGAGCUCAAUGCCGAUGCGGACUUGUACGCCGCCCUCAAGCUCUUCGAUGACCCCGACAGGUUGGAAGAUACCUUCCCGCUGCUGAAGACUGUAAUUGGGGACUGUCUGCGACCUACCAAGUUCAUGCAACACCGCCAAAGUGUUGAGGAGCUUCGCAAGGUCUUGCAAGAGGAUGUGGUAGAUCAUCUACACACUCUUAUAAAGCUCUACGGCCAGCCAGAGAAGAUUGACCUCAAACCGACCGUACAGAUGCAGACAUCGCAGAUACGACAAAUAACACAACCACCCCGCAGCGCGCCUCUACUGCAACAACCACAAGUACCAAGAAACGUCCCCAGCCAACAACAAGCCGUGAACGCAAAAUCUGUCGUCUUCAACGGGGCUGUGGCCAGCUCCAUCACGCAGGCCUCGUCCAAGGCUUGGUUCGAGGAGUUGGAUCAGCUCAACGAGGUCCUCUCUUCACUACCAAAUGAGAUUGACCCAACAUACAAACCAGUUCGUGUUGCUGUCAUUGACACGGGCAUCAAUGGGAGCGACAUAUAUGCUAAGCAUAUACGAGGCUACCGAGAUUUCGUGACAAACAAAGAUGACAUAAAACAAGACAAUACAGGACAUGGGACCAACUCAGUUAAGCUGGUAUACAAAGUCUGUGCUGAUGCUGAAGUGUAUGUCGCCCGAGUAUUUGAGUACGAUGAGGCGGACGAUGACACGCAGGACCUAAUGUUGAAGGCAAUCGAACAUGCAAAGAAUGUCUGGAAUGUGGACAUCAUCAGCAUCGCGUCCGGCUUCGAGCGAGAUCACGCCUUGAUGAGGAGAGCGAUUAAGAGAGCCGCCAGUGAUGGAACUCUGGUGUUCGCCGCGGCUUCAAACUACGGAAAUAUUAGACAGGUUACCUUUCCUGCACGCAUGCAGGACGUGAUAUGCGUCUACUGCACAGAUGGUCGAGCAAAGGUCUCGCAGUCAAUCAACCCAGCUGCUCAAACCACCAAGUCCAAGAACUUUGCCAUCCUCGGCGAAGGUGUUUCAGUACCACCGUCAAUAAGAGAGCAGGUCACGGGCACGUCAGUGGCAACGAGCAUCGCAGCUGGCCUGGCCGGACGGUUACUCGAUUUUUCACGGCAGAAGGAUUGUCGACAACGAAUACGAUGCGUGGGGAACUUGGCGAGUGUAGAGGGCAUCUCGGCGGUAUUCAGUCACAUGGCAAAGGGGGCCGAGGAUUAUAAGUAUAACUGUGUGGUACCAGGAAGGCUCUUGCAGCACUUGGAUGAGGGUGAAGGGAGGGCGAUGAAGAGGGCAAGGAUAUGCGAGAGGCUUUCAACAGCGUUGGAAAAUAUUGACCUAGAUGUAUAA